ACACUCACAGUAACACACACACAGAAACACACACACACACACACAGUAACACGCGCGCGCGUGGAGCUCCUCCUCCCUGCGCUGCAGUCUGCAGGUUUCUCUUCAGUGCUUCAGAAGCUGCUGCAGUCGAUAGGAACCUGAGCUGAUCCGGAUCAGCCUACGUUCUGUUCAUCAGCGCGGGUUCUUCAGGUUCUCUGCGGGUUCCUGAGCGGAGAACAUGAGGAGGGGGACAGAGGAGUCCGACCUGACACGGGGAAGCGUUCAGAGCUGCUGAUCAGGAUGUCAGGUAACUGGUCCGUCAUCAGGCUGUCAUCAAUGGCUCCACCCACCAGUUAUGUAGCCUUGCCCCAUCCCAACAUCUCCCAGUUCCCCCCUUUCACAGACUGGGAGGCUCCCAGUUUCACACGAGCCGCUCAGUUCCGUGUCGGAGCCACCUUCAUCCUCUUCCUGUUCGCCGCCUGCAGUAACCUCGCCCUGUUGGCCAGCUUGUGGCGUGGGCGUGGCCAGCGGCUGGCGUCUCACCUGCGGCCAUUGAUGUUGAGCCUGGCGUCGGCCGACCUGAUGAUGACGUUCAUGGUGAUGCCUCUGGACGCGGUGUGGAACGUGACGGUGCAGUGGUACGGAGGAGACACGCUCUGUAAGCUGCUCUGCUUCCUGAAGCUGUUCGCCAUGCACGCCUCCGUCUUCAUCCUCGUUGUCAUCAGCCUCGACCGCCAGCACGCCAUCCUGCACCCGCUGGACGCUCUGAGCGCGCACCGCAGGAACAGACGCAUGCUGUUGCUGGCCUGGAGCCUCAGCCUGCUGCUCGCAUCACCACAGCUGUUUAUCUUCCGAGCGAUCAGGGUGGAGGAUGUCGAUUUCACUCAGUGUGCGACUCACGGCAGCUUCAGCCGCCGCUGGCAGGAAACUGUGUACAACAUGUUCCACUUCACCACGCUGUACAUCAUCCCCCUGCUAGUGAUGAGCUGCUGCUACAGCCGCAUCCUGCUGCACAUCCACCUGCAGCACCUGAGAGACAAAGCAGGUGAGUCGUGCCUGCGUCGCAGCGGCACUGAUAUCAUUCCGAAGGCUCGUAUGAAGACUCUGAAGAUGACGGUGGUCAUUGUGCUGUCCUUUGUGGUGUGCUGGACUCCGUACUACCUGCUGGGGAUCUGGUACUGGUUCCAGCCCGACAUGCUGCGUGUCACACCUGAGUACGUCCACCAUGCUCUCUUCGUGUUCGGGAACCUGAACACUUGCUGCGACCCCGUCAUCUACGGCUUCUACACACCUUCCUUCAGAGCCGAUCUUGCAGCCUGCUGCCGCAGGACGAGAAGCGACACCUCACCACGAUCUCCAGACCAACUGUCCACCAGAAAGGGUCCUCACAGCGGGGGUCACGAGUCGGACCCCGCCACCAACAACCAAGCUGCAGGAGACUAACACCGACCAAUCAGAGGACAGGAGUUAAGUGAUGUAACAUUCUGUACCUAAACACCGUCAGAGUGUAAAACCUGAACUGGAUCGGCUGAAGGUGCAUCUGGACUCAAAAAUUACUUCCUGCAGCUUUAAUAGGACAAUAACAUCUUUAUAUUGAUUCUGUUUUGGAGAAAAAUGUGUUAAUUUUUAAUUGAAUUCGUAAAAUUCUGUUUUAGACAUGAAAAUAUUCAGUUUUCUGUUUCUUCCAUCAAAUUAUUCCGUCACUGAGGAUUCACACUAAAGACCAGACGUCAGCAUGUCGACUCUGAGUCUCUGUCUGACGACAAACUGAGUAUACAGGAAGAAAAUGGCAGUGUUUUUAUUGAUUGAUCCAUUGAUUUUGUUCCCAUAUUGAUCGGCUCUCUCUCUCGAGUCAGUCGACUGAUGUUUGAUCAAAUGAAAGUGAAUCUGUUUCUUCCUCACAUUUAACACAACACCGUCUGUAAAUCUGGUCUUUGCUGAACUCCAGUGGUUUGACUUCUCACCUCUCUGCAGUGAUGUACAGGUGACUCCAGUGCACCUGUACAGUACAGUGACAUCACUGUUGGGUGUGGUUACAGGUGUCUGUAAGGCCACAUAACUUAUUGCUCUCCACUCAAACACCAUGUUUAUAUUAUUAUUAUUAUUAGUAGUAGUAGUAGUAAAACAAAUAUGUAACAGUAGAAUGUUAACAGGUUUUAUAGUAAUUUAAUUCAGUUGUAUUUAUAUAGCACCAAUUCAUAACCAUCCUACAGAGCAGGUCUAUACCGAACUCUUUAUAAUAUUAUUUACAAAGACCCAACAAAUCCCACCAUGAACAAGCACUUGGUGAC